AUGCCUGUCGAGCUCCGCAAGCGCAAGGAGGCUCCUCCUGCGCCAGUACGCGAGGCGAAGAAGAAGGCGCCUGCCAAGGGCAAGAAGGCUGAGGAGAAGACUGUCGUCGAAAAGGUCCAGGAAACUGUUGCCGAGACUGUCGAGACGGUCAAGGAGGCUGUCUCUGACGCGAUCAAUGGCGAAGCCUCCAAGCCCGCCGCGACCGCCAGUGGAAAGGCCAAGGCCGGCGACACAAUUGACCUGACUUCCUUCGGCGGUGAGAUUGAGACAAACGACGGAGACAAGACCACGCUCGCAAAGCUUGUCGAGGAAAGCAAGGGCGGAGUUGUGCUCUUCACCUACCCCAAGGCUUCUACCCCAGGCUGCACCAAGCAAGCCUGCCUCUUCCGCGAUUCCUACGAACCCCUUACCGCGACCGGCUACAGCAUCUACGGCCUCUCCAACGACAGCCCCAAAGCGAACACCACCUUCAAGACGAAGCAAAAGCUCCCUUACACGCUACUGUGUGAUCCUGCACAGACGCUCAUCUCAGCCAUUGGCCUGAAGAAGGGACCCAAGGGCACUACGCGCGGCGUCUUUGUCGUGGACAAGUCCGGCAAAGUGCUAGCUGCUGAGCCUGGAGGCCCUGAUGCGACUGUCGAUGUCGUCAGGAAGCUUGUCAGUGGAGGCGCAGGUGGCGACAACAAGGCAAAGGAGGAUGCCGACGCGGCGAAGACAGCAGACGAGGUCGCUGAUACUGCGGAGAAGAUGGACAGUGCUUGAACGUGGCACGUCAUCUUCGUCCGCUUCGGCGUGGUUCCUUCUGUGGCGUUUCCAGUAUGCUUUGGUCGUUCGCAAACUUAUAGUAUGUUAGUCACAAAAGCAAAUACCAAAUACGUACAUAUC